AUGGCCUGGAGAUAGAAGCUGUUUUUUAGUUUCUCGGUCCCACCACCUGCACUGUCUCUGCCUUCUAGAUUCUAGAUGGUAGCGGGGUAAACAGGCCGUGGCUCAGGUUGCUGAUGUCCUUGAUGAUCUUCUGUAACACCUCGCAAUAUAGACGUCCUGGAGGACACGUCUACAUCCAAAAGGAUGGCAGACAUUGGGUGAAUAUUAAAUGUUAAUAUCUUCGGCUGUGAGUGAUGGAGAAAAAAAUCGUCCUCAAUGAAAAUAACUGGGAAAAUUCAAUGGAUAUUUUUGGUACAAAGGUGAUAAUAAAAGUGUCUUUAGGAAUUUUAAAAUUGGACUUCUCUAUGGGGCAGUAUAUGGGAAUUGUCCUUUUGGACUUGGCUUCAACUAAAAUGCAGUACCGAAAGUGCCCUCUGAGCACAGACCGGAACCCUGCCCCCCUGGACUGAACAUGUCCCACAGGGGGAGGGGCGUGGGGAGGUGGAUAGAAAGGAAGCUGUUAGACUCACACCGACGUGCUGCUAGAGGCGCCUGUGUGCACAGCCAUGGAUGGUGUGUUGGAGGGAGCAGCUGUGGUGUGUGUGUGUAAACUGGCCUGCAGUCUUCCCUUCCUGCCCAUGGUCACUGCUUCUCUCAGUGCGGUCAGCUUCUGCUGCAACUGCCUGCUGCUCUUCACAGACCUCGUAGUCACAACUAUCCUGGUUGUCCUCUGGUUUGCAGACCCCUGGCUACCUCCGUUUUCCACGUCCUCUGAUGUCAUUGCCCUGCGCUUCCUGCUCUUCCUCAGCCACACCUACUGGGCGGUGCUGCUGAUGACCACUCCUCUUGUUGCCGUGGAGACUGCCAUGAAGUUGCAGUGGCCCCAGGUCCAUGGUGGCAGAGGUAGAGCAGUGGACGGAGACACAGGCGGACGUAGUAAAACUCCAGGCUCUAAAGCUCCUGCACAUCACCAUGGUGUGACAGUGGAGGUAGAGGAUGGGCAGAGUAGGGACACAGACAGCCAGAGAGGAGGGAGAGAGGACCAGGAAAAGUGCCUGCCCCACAUCAUUUACUUCCUCUGCUGUCUGCUGGUGUGGGUUCUCUGUGGUGUCUGUGGGGGUCAGAGCUGGAGACUUUGGGUGAAGGUCUGCAUGGAGAGGACCAGCUCCCUCACUAUGUGCCUUCCCAGCCUCCCCAACAAUGUCCUGUCUGCUCUGGGUGAGCCCUGCUGGGCCCUGGCCACCGUGACCUUGGCCCUCCUGCUGGUGCUGACGGUGGGCUGGGGCCUGCUCAGACGACACCUGGCCCACACAGAGACGGACCCACACUCAACGACAAACAAGGAGGUACAUGACACUGACAUUCAACUGCCCGCACAAACAUUCGCUGCACCUUGCGUGGCUGUAAACCCUGCGACGUCAGCGGUGUCAGACACACCGUCUGUUGACCCAGAGACAACACGGUCCAGAUGCUCCCUUCACAGCCCAUGUUCCGGGAACAACAUACAGCUAUCACUGGCUCACCAUAGAUACUCUGUCCUCUUAUCGUUGGAGUGUUUGUCAGCAGACAUACUAGAGGAACACAGAGAGACAAAAGGACUAGGAGACAGGCCUCUCAGCACUACUGUGGAGGAACACACAGACUCUACCUACAGGAGCCGGUGUGGGAUGAGGCAGUGGGGCUUUCCCUGCCUGGGGGUAAACGUAAUGACAGGGUUUGUGUGUCUGCUCAUUGUCUGUGUGUUACCUCUAAAUCUCAGUGUGAACAUCCUACUGAUCAGGCACAUAGAGACAAUGCUGGAGUGGAGUUUGAAGCUUUUAUUGUUUGUACCCAAAGAAGCCACAGACAACACAGGGCUCUCCCAGUCAAUGUAACACGGGCACCAAGUCAGUGUACUGGACAAUAAGCCUGGAUGGGGUAGUGUUAGAUACUAAAGUGUGGCUUGGGAAUGGGAUUGUGUUGAGAGGGAUUUAUUAGGUAUUGUCUGGGGAUGGGAUCAGAUGAAUAUCACAUGUACUGUAAACAGCUGGUCUACCUGUUAAUGAUAAAAAGUAAACAACUCCCCCUU